GCGUGAAGAAGUCCCCCACCAGCUACCAACGCUAAGAUGCCGAUUACCUGCGGAGACAUCCCUCGCCUGAUCUGCUCGGUCAUCAUUCCGCCCGUCGGCGUGUUCUUCCAGGUCGGCUGCACCAAGGACCUGGCCAUCAACUGCCUGCUCACCGUGCUCGGCUACAUUCCCGGCGUCAUCCACGCUGUCUACAUUCUAAUCAAGGAAUAGGCAGGCGCCACAUUGAAGUAAAAAAUGUGGCGCUGUUCUCUCUGUGCUCGUCCGUGGCAAGCGGCAGCGGCCUCCUUCAGUCGGCGCGCGUGAAUACCCAGAAAAAAGCUAUGAGAAACGCGCUUUCGACGUGGAUGGGGGGACAAGAGCGUCGUGCAGCCGGGCGGCCAACUCAGCUCGAGUCUACACUCUCGUACAGUGGCGUUUAGCACUUGCUCCUCGUGGUUAGACACUUGUGUUGCCACCCGUGCAUUGAAGAGGAGUGCGAGUCUUUAUCGGCUCGCUCUCUCGCACAGUGGCGGUGUGACACAGUGUCUGACUUGCGAGUUGCAAGGUGGAGGACGUGCAUUGAAGAGGAGGGUGGACAACGGCAACACCUAGCCGUCAGGUGCUCGACGUUCUCUUUCCUGAUAUCCGAGGAGGUUUCUGGUCUUUUGACACGGAUUCCAACCGUUAAUAUAGAGGCCGACAUUGUUCGGUCUUAUUCUCCUUUUCUUC